GAGAGAGAGAGAGAGAGAUGUGGGGUUUAGCAGCAAUAAGGGUCUUGGUUUUACUGUACUGCACUAAACCAUGUUUGGUGGUUAUUAAAGUUUGUGGGUUCUGGUUACGUACUGAUCUGUUAAUUAUCGGGGGCUGCUGUGACAAUCUUUUAUAAUGUAUUUGAAGUGACGGUGAUUUCAUAGCGGCCGUCGAUAAACAAAAUAUAAGGAUACAUAUUUCUGAGUGUUUGUGAUCGCUUUAGGGAGAGGAGAGGAAGGGCUUAAUUUUCCCACUCCUAAUGAUUCUUGGGGGUGUCAUUGGCAGUACUGGUGGCAAUGGUAGUGAGGGCACCAUGUCCACUGCUGCAAUGGGGCAGCCCCCAUGUCACUGACCCUCAGCACAAGGUUAAGUGCAUAGACUAGAUUCAAUUUGAUUACUCUGCAGCACUAAGAACCCGAAUAUGGAUGUUAGAGGCAAGACGUCUCUGAUGGGGGAAGAUUUAGACCCUGGACUUAUGGGAAUGAUCAAAGAAAAUGGAUACGAGGGGCGGUGUGGGAGUGAUCAAUUUGAAGGUGCCUCAAGUGAUGAUGAGGACGGUAGAAGCGGUAAACAGAAAAGGAAGAAGAAAUACCAUCGGCAUACUCCCUAUCAAAUUAAAGAGCUUGAAGAUUAUUUUAACAACGGUGGUUACCAUCCUAAUGAGAACCAAAGGUUUGAACUUGGUAAGAAGCUAUCCUUGGACAGCAAGCAAGUUAAGUUUUGGUUUCAGAAUCGGCGAACCCAGUUGAAGACCCAAGUGGAGCGCUAUCAAAACAGUAUCCUUAAACGGCAAAUGGAGCAACUCGUAAUUGAGAAUAUUAGAAUGAAGGAGGCUAUUAGGAAUCCAAUUUGCAACAACUGUGGUGGUCCAGCCAUUCUGGGCGACAUCUCUAUUGAAGAACGCCACUUUAGGGUCGAGAAUGCUCGAUUAAAGGAUGAACUAACUCGGGUCAACACAGUGGCAUACAAAUUCUUAGGGAGGCCAAUAUCAUCGAUAGCCUUUCCCAUCCCCUCUCCAGUGUCAAAUUCUAGCUUGGAACUUGCGGUAGGACUACAUGGCUUCAGCGAUUUAAGUUCAGUCGACACCACAUUUUCCAUGGGAGUUGAUUCUAACGAUGGCUUCUUGAAUGCGUUGCCUAUGGUAUCCAUGCCUUCAACAACAACAGUUGGCAUGGGCGGAGUUGACAUACAUUUGGAGAAACCGGUGUUUCUAGAGCUUGGAUUGCAUGCAAUGGAUGAGUUAAUUAAGUUGGCCCAGAUUGAUAAUCCUUUAUGGGUGCAAAGCUUAGAUGGAGGAAGGGAAGUUUUAAACCAAGAGGAGUACAUGAGGAUAUGUCCUCCUUGUACUGGGAUGAAACCCCGUGAUUUUGUAACCGAGGCUACGCGGGCAACUGGUUCAGUGGUCAUUAAUAGCUUGGCUCUUGUGGAGACAUUGAUGGAUGUGAAUCAAUGGACAGAAAUGUUUCCGUGCAUGGUUGGUAGAGCAUCUGUAGAUGUGAUUUUCAGUGGAAUGGCUGGUUCCAGAGAUUGUGCUCUGCAACUGAUGUAUGCGGAGUUCCAAGCUCUCUCACCGUUGGUCCCCGUUCGACCUAUAAAGUUUCUCCGUUUCUGCAAGCAGCCCACAGAGGGGGUGUGGGCCAUAGUUGAUGUGUCCGUUGAAGGCAUCCUUGAACUUUCAGAUGCACGCCCAUUUGUGAAUUGCAGGAGGCUUCCUUCUGGUUGCAUUGUACAAGACUUGCCAAAUGGUUCUUCCAAGGUUACUUGGGUUGAACAUUCAGAAUUCGAUGAGAGUGUGGUCCAUCAUCUCUACCACCCAUUUAUCAGUUCUGGUAUGGGCUUUGGGGCACAUAGGUGGCUUUCCACCCUACAAAGGCAAAGCGAAUGCUUGGCAGUCCUCGUGUCCUCUUCCAUCUCUACUGAAGAUCACUCAGGAAUUACUCAGGUUGGAAGGAGCAGCAUGGUUAAAUUGGCACAACGCAUGACUCGCAACUUCUCUGCUGGGGUUUGUGGUACUAUGCACACAUGGCAGCUGGUUCAAGUUGGAAGCGUAGGGGAACAUUUGAGGUUGAUGGUCCGGAAUAGCAUAGGUAACUCUGGUGAACCGCCUGGGAUUGUCUUGAGUGCCACAACAUCUGUUUCAAUGCCUAUAUCACCACAAAGCCUGUUUGAUUUCUUGCGAAAUGAGCAGCUAAGGAGUGAGUGGGACGAGUUAUCUCAUGGUGGGCCGAUGCAAGAGAUGGUCCACAUCCCCAAGGGCCAAGAUCGUGCAAACUGCGUUUCUCUUCUUCGUCCUUCUGCUGCUAAUACGAAUCAGAAUACAAUGCUGAUAUUGCAAGAAAUGCAGACUGAUGCAUCAGGCUCACUCAUAGUGUACACAGCAGUUGACAUCCCUGCGAUGCAGGUGGUGAUGAGUGGCGGAGAUUCUGCCACCGUGGCUUUCCUGCCGUCAGGAUUUGCCAUAAUUCCGGAUUCUGCUGGGUCUAGCAACUGCAACGGCACUGUGGUCCAAGAAAGGGGCAGCGGCGGCAGUGGUGGCUCCCUGCUGACUGUGGGGUUCCAGAUAUUGGUCGAUAACUCUCCUACAGCCAAGCUGACAAUGGAGUCUGUCGAUACCGUAAACAAUCUCAUUGGUCGCACGAUUCAGAGGAUCAAAGCUGCUCUUAAUUGCGCUGUAUAGCAUGGUUAACUUGUUUUUUCUUGGGUAAGUCGGAAUAAUACCCAAGACAAAUAUACAUAGGAGAUGUUGAGAUGGAAAAUUCACACACGAAAAAGUUUAAAUUAUUGCUGGGUUUUGAGUCAAGAACGAGCCCUGUUGAACUCUUGCAAAAGGGUGGUUGUGGUUCGGGUAUUGACUCACUUGACCCAAGAGAUGAACGCAAACUAUCAAUUGGUUUUAUACACACGUCUAUAUUGACCUGUC